CACGGUGCACUUUCUCGCUGGGUUCUAACAAAGCCUGUCAAAUAAUGUCAAACAUUUUGAAAGCUAAUAACUCUGAUACAGGUUAUCAGCACUCCAAGAAGGCAAUGCAGGACACCGUUAGUUGGAAAAGCACAAUGCCCGCUCCGCAAAGCCCUAUUCUUUCCUCAUCAUCCAGUUCGGAUCAAAAUGGCACGGCGACAAGCUUCAUUCCGGACACAUUGCCUACCGAUGCAGAAGCAGCUGCUCUUAUAACCAAUUUAAGCGCAGGUGUAAGUCUCAUUAACCAGACGAAUACAAUAUCCCAGGAUGGCACCAUGGCUUUAAUUCCUGAUUCUCAAAAUGCGGUUAAUGUUCCUGCCGUCGAGGAACCCGAAACUCGAUUACGAUCCAGAAGCCGCUCAACACCACCUUCCGGGAAUGGCAGUGAACAAGAACAGGACAAGGCUCCUAUAACCCAAAGACGUGGAAACAAAUCUAACCCCUUUGCAAGAUUAUCCACACAACCUCGCUGGCACAACCAAUCUUACAUGCUUUUCCUUGCUUUACGACAGCACCCUGAUCGUUGUUUACCACGAACCGAGUUGAUCAAAGCAGCUCUUGCCAUGGACAAGAAGAUCAGUGACGAGUUAAAACUUCCAAAAGUUUUUCGAGGCAAGACACCAAUGAACUCGGCGUCUGCUAUAUUGACCAACAAUAGCGACCGAUAUUUUAUACCCUAUAAACCCGCCGGCAGUCGGUCUACUCAUUUUAAACUAGCAUAUGAACCAUGCAACUUUCAACACGCAGUGGAGGAAUAUCGGAUAUGGGAGAAGAAACUUGUAGAACAUGAUUGGCCAUAUUGCUUUGGCAUCCGAAAAAGCAACCCCACUGCACAUCCGACAGAUACUAGCAAUGAUAUCCAAUCAGAAACAACACAACCCUCCGAUGCACAGAACGAGAUCAAGGAGAUGGAAGCAUGCAGCAUCAGUGGUGUGAACACAGCUGAUCUGGAAACAUUUUUGUCGGCAACGGCUAUCCUCAACAGCGAAACUGCUGUCAAACGGGAUGCCCCCGUGUCGGAAAUUCGAGACACAGACAUAGAAACAGAACGCAGAAGAAGUAGCGACGGAUCAGAAUCUAGCGGUCACAAAAGGAGCGCAACGAAUAAUACUGUAUGCAGUGAAAACAGCGUUAAUGGAUCACCUCCUGCCAAGAAACCCAAGGUUGAACUGACUGAAUUUGAUCGCUAUAUAUCCCGAAGAAAGCUAUCAUCUUCAGAAUCGCCUUCAAGUGCAUUAGCAGCCUCUAAAAUUGAGCCAGAUAGUCCACCGCCAUUGUUACUAUCGCCUACCCUUCUCCCCAAAUCUGAGCCACCAGCAUCCCCGCCCCGACCAGCUGGUCAACUCAAAUCCAACUCUGCCAUAUCCUCUUUACCUGCUGCCAUUGAAGGCAAAGACACCGGCAUAAAUACCACGCUGCCUUCUGAAGAUCCCAGUCAUGUGGACCUGGCAGACUUGGAUCUUAGCAACGUACCUCAAUGCUGGCAAGAUAUCGUAGAAGUCAAACCUUCAACUGUUCCGAAUUCAGGAAAUGGACUAUUUGCUGCGCGCGAUUUGCCUCAUAACACGCCGCUUGGGUUCUAUUUCGGUGUACCCAUGACAGAAGACGAAUUCGAUUCUCUCAAAGACAAUGUAGGCAUGGCAUCACAAUACUCCAUUAUGUACCGAAAAACCGUGCUGGAUGCAACGGAUGCAGAUGGUAUGCCUUACACCGACCCUGAAGGAGAAAUGUACUGCCCAUUCCAUUUUAUGAACGAGAACGAAGAGAAGAACUCCAAUAUUACAUUUUUGGAAGGUGCACUUGUCAACCAAGUCAUUUGUUGGACCAAACGUGAUAUCAAGCAAGGCGAGGAGCUGUUUGUCUGGUAUGGCCGUGACGUUGAUCGUCACUGGGAAGAUGCAAAUACCAUUGAUACCAGACGCGCGCAUACUAGACGCAAACCAUGAUUUACGUUGUUAAUCUUUUGAUGUUUAUUUCUUUAUUAUGUGAACAACCCAACAAAAUAAAAAAAAUAAGAGCUUCCAAAACCGUUGGAAAACCGAGAAAUGGCGUUCACUGGCGCUUGGAUCACCAUUCCUAAAAGUGGAAAUGCCCGCCAUUUUUCAACCUCCUUCUCACCUUUGCAUCCUGAUCUUUCCUAUAAACGCUUCAUUAUAAUCAUAAAAAUUCAUG